GUGAACCAUCUUGACGGAAGAAGUUUAACUUUGGGGGGGUGAAACUUUCAGUUUGCGCCACUUGCUGUCCGUCAACAGGGGCUAGCGUAGCAGGUGCCAGGCUGUCCAGCUGAACGAGGUAGUCUUUAGACGUGGUGUGCCGGUGUUUGUGUGUGGAGCAGGUUAGCUAGCAGCGAGUGAAGAUGAGGUUCAGCGCUGUGUUCGUGUGUGUGUUCCUGCUCUGGGCUGAGGGGUCUUUGGGGGACACGCCAGCUAACUGCACCUACGAGGACCUGCUGGGGACAUGGGUGUUCCAGGUGUCCAAAGGAGGGCACGACAAGACCGUCAACUGCUCUGUUGAAGCCACAGGUGAGAGCACAGUGACUGUGACCCUGGAGAAGCUGUCCGUAGCCACAGAUGAGCUGGGGAACACGGGCUUCUUCACCCUCAUCUACAACCAGGGCUUCGAGGCGGUCCUCGGUGGCUACAAAUGGUUUGGCUUUUUCAAGUACACCCAGGAGGGCUCGAAGGUGACCAGCUAUUGUGACCAAACCCUGCCAGGAUGGGUCCACGACGUCCUGGGACGCAACUGGGCCUGCUUUGUGGGCAAGAAGGUGAAGAGUGUGCCGCCCAGAUCAGAUUUCAAGCCCGUCUUCAGCAGCGGACUGCUGCCAAAGCCGUACAAACACAACCUGGACUUCAUCACUUUAAUCAACACAGUUCAGAGCUCCUGGAAGGCUGUGGCGUAUCCCGAGCACGAGAUGUACACCCUACGAGAGCUGCAUUACAGAGCGGGGGGCCCUGCCUCCCGUAUCCCCGUACGUGUUCGCCCUGCCCCCGUGGAAGCCGGUUUAGCCAAGAUGGCCGCAGCUCUGCCUGAGCACUGGGAUUGGAGAAACGUUAAUGGCGUCAACUUUGUUAGCCCUGUGAGGAAUCAAGCAUCCUGCGGUAGCUGCUAUUCCUUCGCCACCAUGGGAAUGCUGGAAGCUCGAGUUCGGAUCCUCACAAACAACAGCGAUGCCCCCGUCCUCAGUCCCCAGCAAGUGGUCUCCUGCUCUGAAUACUCCCAAGGCUGUGAUGGCGGCUUCCCUUACCUGAUUGGGAAGUAUGUGCAGGAUUUCGGCAUCGUGGAUGAGUCCUGCUUCCCGUACAUUGCGGCGGACUCUCCCUGUGGCGUUCCUCAGAACUGCGGCCGAAUGUACACAGCAGAGUACGGGUAUGUAGGCGGAUUCUACGGCGGCUGCAGCGAGACGGCCAUGAAGUUGGAACUGGUCAAGAACGGACCGAUGGCAGUCGCUCUGGAGGUCUACCCCGAUUUCUUGCACUACAAGGAGGGCAUCUACCACCACACAGGCUUCAGAGACUCCGUUAAUCCCUUCGAGCUGACCAACCAUGCCGUCCUGCUGGUGGGCUACGGCCGCUGCCACAAGACCGGACAGAAGUACUGGAUUGUGAAGAACAGCUGGGGCAGCGGGUGGGGCGAAGACGGCUACUUCCGAAUUCGCCGGGGAAGCGACGAGUGUGCCAUCGAGAGCAUCGCCGUCGCAGCCAAGCCCAUCCCUAAGCUGUAGAAGCUUUUUAAGUCGAGAUCAGUAGAAAUUAGUGCCUUGAUCACAAUUCUGAAUCAUUUAAAUUAAAUGUAUUCUGUUUUUAAUCUGGGUUGAAAAUAGGGAGCUGUAAUUGGUCACACGGAUGCCUGUGGUCUGGCUCCCUCUUUCGUGCGAGACAGGUUGACCUAACACAUGCAUAGAUGCAUGAAAAGCUACUGAUUGAAGGUUUUUUUUUUUUUUUCUCAAACCAGACUUUGAUCAAAUCCUCUCAAUGUGUUCAGCGUUUUAAACAUAUUACACCUAAAAAAAAAA